AGUUCUGUUGCUAGGAUACAACGAACGCUCAACUUAAUGUCGAUAGCUGACUAACAUGUUUUUUUAUGUAUUAGGUAGCUACAUGGCCUGAGUUUACAAGCGGAUUGAGUUUAAGUAAGUCAUCCACUUGGACACUUCGCCAAGGAUUUUCAUCAAGCUGCCUCCAGCCAUGCCAUAUAUCAAACCAUCUCAAAAAAAUCUGCCAUUCUCAGCACUGUUGGAUUUAAAGUCACAGAAAUGUGGACUGCGGCACACAGUUUUCUCGGUCAGCGGAAAUGAAUACUGUGGAGAGUGGCAGGACAACAAGAAGCAUGGAAAGGGAACUCAGGUUUGGAGAAAGUGUGGUGCCAUUUAUAAUGGAGAGUGGAAAUUUGGAAAACGUGAUGGAUAUGGUACCUACAGCAUACUACUCCCAGGAAAAAAGGAAUACGAAAGGAAGUACUGUGGAAGAUGGAAAAAUGGGAAGAAGCAUGGCUAUGGGACGUACUUCUACAGUAACUCAGAAGUGUAUGAAGGGGGGUGGAGCGAGGACCAUCGGAGUGGCUGGGGAAGAAUGUACUACCAGAAUGGAGACAUGUACGAAGGAGAGUGGUUGAAGGAUAAGAAUCAUGGACAGGGCAUCAUUCGAUUUGCAAAUGGAAACUGGUAUGAAGGUGCCUGGCAAGAUGGCAAAAAGAACGGUAAUGGAAGGUUCUGCUAUUCUGACAAAGGCCAGCUUUAUGAAGGCUUUUGGGUGGAUGGAGUAGCAAAAUGUGGGACCCUGUCUGAUUUUGGAAGGGAUGAAGCACCAACCCCAACCAAGUAUCCAAUUCCACAGAUACACCUGGUGGAUAUGCAGUUGGUCUUAAGGGAAGCCCAGUCAGCCUACCUCUGUCACUAUUCAUGAACAACAUCGAGAGGAUGAACAGCAAGUUUCCACCACACACGCAGACAAAAAAUAAUAAAAAAGAGAGAUGGCAUAAUGGUAUUUAGCA